CCAGUGCAGAUUGCAACGACGCUUAGACACGCGAUGGCGCCGCCGACCGCUGCGACGCCACGCAUACCUCCGCCGCCAUUGCGAGACGAGCCCAAGGCGGCGCCGACGCCCUCGGCAGUCGACGGUGGCCGCAAGCGCCCGGCGACGACGUCGAGCGACGCGACCAUGCCCGUCUUGAAGCGCAAGCCGCUGGUCGUGCAGACGCUCCUCGACGCCACUGGCGCAGGUGUCACGCUCCGCCUACCAUCCAAGACCGACGCUUCCAGCCAGCGCAUUACACCUGUCGGCAAGGUGCGCAAGCUACGCCAUGUACAGGGGUCUGCCAAGUCCGUGCGCACGCUGCCUGGUGUUGGCUUUGGCACAACACCACGGUUUCCACGGUCACCGCCACUCACCGCACCGACAAGCAACCCUUCAUCGCGCGCUGCCUCUGGGUUUCAAGGAUGGAAGCGAGCACGGUCGUCGACAACUGCCAUCACCACCCAUAGUACAAAGCCCAAGGCGUUGAAGGCUGCUUCAACGUCUGUACCAAAGCCUCCAACGACGCCUGUCCAGGCAAGCCGGAAACCAUCCCACAAAACAGCAACGACUGCGUCCACGACCGCGAGCUCUGCAAUCAAGCCCGUGACGCCAUGUCGUCCGGUCCAGGAAGCGUCGACGACACCACCGGCGCCGCCACGUACCGACAACGACGAGGCGACGUUGGUCUCUCAGAUCGUAGCGUCCAUCCAAGCGCGCUCGUGCCGCUUGGUGUGUAUCGACUUUGACAAGACGCUGCUCGACAUCCACACCAACGGCGAGUGGACAAAGACGGCCGAAGACCUCGUAGGCCAUGUGCGUCCGCUCUUCGUAUCGAUCUUGCCGCAGCUGCAUGUACAUGGCGUGCACCUGGCGAUCACGACCUUCUCGCCCCAAGCCGACCUCGUCCAGCGCGUCUUGCAGCUGGUCCUGGACCCAACGACCGCCAACGCCAUCCCUGUCUUUGCUGACAACGCGCGUCCAUCGCCGGUCGAGGAUACGAACGAUGACGACGACGACGCAUCAAUUCCAGCGCAUGUGCGAUUGGACAAGAGGCACAAGCUGUCGUAUGUACUGUCGGCGGCGCGUCACCGGGCGGUGCGCCUUGGCCACGCGCUCUUGAUGGACGAUGACGCGACGAACCUCCAUGACGUGGCAGCGUACAAUGUGCAGACGCUGUGGUAUGAACACCACGAAUCGCUGCAGUCGUUGGCGGCCAAGCUCUCGACGCCCACAGCGCACACGAACGCUCAUGCGACGCCGGUGAAGACGGCCCACGUCGCUGCUCCUCGCUCCGAGCGCGUUGGACGACCUGUCAAGCCCAAGAAACAGCGCGCCCUCGUCUACUAGCGGCGUGUUGUGGUUACUGUCGGCACGAAGUCGACAAUGACAGUACAGUAGGGCCGUCGCACUCGCAAGUCUUUCUAGCGCUGUAAAGGGCAAAUAUACUUAAAGGUUAUUAGUGGUAUAGAGAUAGCAGCGUGUUCACGCCGUGUCAU